CAGAGGUGCUGCUGUGGCCUCUUCUCUGUUUCGCUCCGCUUUGGACACAGGCGGCUGUGGAUUAAAGCUCUUCCGUCACAUUAGCUCCUCGGCUAACGGAUCUGGUGCAGUUAUGAGAGCAAGGAGCGGCUGAAAGUUUGUGCUGAGCGCGGAUUGUGGGACUUUAAUGCGCGGGACACAACUCAGCACGAGCUUCGGAACAUGCCGUCGCCCCCAAAGGGAACUUUUCCCUAGAAGCUCCACUUGGGAAAGGCUAGCUCUGCUAGCGAGGCUACAAACUACUUUUAAUUGGCUUUAGGCUCCAUGGCUGCGGCUCACUUUCGCCAGUCUUAAGCACAGAGGACGCACUUGUGACGGGGACAAACCCCGUGCUCUUCAUGACAGACCAAAGGACAGCUUGGAACACAAACUUGGAGAAACUGUGGUGGUGGAAAGGGACCCAACAUGAAGAAACAGUUCAAUCGGAUGAAACAACUCGCCAAUCAGACUGUUGGCAGAGCAGAGAAAACAGAAGUGCUCAGCGAUGACCUCCUGCAGAUCGAGCGGCGGAUGGAGCUGGUGCGAGUAGUGUCCCACAACACACACAAGAGGAUGGUGUCAUGUCUGCAGGGCCACAUCGGAGCCGAAGCAGAGAAGAGACAUUCCGUACCCCGUCUGUAUACAGGAAAUGGUCAGAAAAAGCUCCCUCUGACAGCGUUGUCCCAGGCGAUGGUAGAGAGCGGGAGCCAGCUUGGAGAGGACUCGUUGAUAGGGAAGAUGAUGGAGGUGUGUGGAGAUGCAGAGAAUGGCUUGGCUUCAGAGCUGAUGCAACACGAGCUACAGCUGGAAAAGGACGUCUUGGACCCUCUGAGCCAGCUCGCGGAGGUGGACAUCCCCAACAUCCUCAAGCAAAGGAAACAGCUGGCCAAACUAGUGUUAGACUACGAUUCUGCUCGAGCUAGAUGGUUGCAGGCAACCAAGUCCAUAAUCUCAGGAACUAACACCCAAGCACUGACGGCCAAAGCGGACCUGCUGAAGGAGGAGAUGGAUGAAGCCAUGAACAAAGUGGAGCUCUGUAAGGACCAGCUGGCAGCAGACAUGUACAGUUUCUCAUCCAAAGAAGGGGACUAUGCCCGCUACUUUGUCACACUUUUAGAGGCCCAGGCCGACUACCACCGAAAGUCUUUGACAGUUCUGGAGACAGUGCUGCCCACCAUUCAAGCCCAACAAGACUCUUGGACGGAGAAGCCGGCGUUUGGCACAGGGCUGGAGGAGCACCUGAAGAGAAGUGGGAGGGAGAUCGCUCUGCCCUUAGAGGCCUGUGUCAUGAUGCUGCUGGAGACCGGCAUGAAGGAGGAGGGUCUGUUCAGAAUAGCAGCCGGAGCAUCGAAGCUAAAGAAGCUAAAGGCGGCGCUGGACUGCUCCACGUCGCAACUAGAGGAGUUUUAUUCUGACCCACACGCUGUAGCUGGAGCGCUGAAAUCCUACCUGCGGGAACUUCCAGAGCCGCUAAUGACCUACCAGCUCUAUGACGACUGGAUCCAGGCGUCGAGUGUGUCCGAUCCAGAUAAGAGGCUACAGGCUCUGUGGGUUGUGUGUGACAAGCUACCAAAGAACAACAAAACCAAUUUUAGGUAUUUAGUGAAGUUUCUUGCAAAGUUGGCCCAAGACAGUGAAGUCAACAAGAUGAAUGCCAGUAACAUCGCCAUUGUGCUGGGACCCAACCUGCUCUGGGCCAAAACAGAAGGGACCCUGGCUGAGAUGGCUGCUGCUACUUCUGUGCAUGUGGUGGCCAUCGUGGAGCCCAUCAUCCAGCACGCUGACUGGUUCUUCCCAGAGGAUGUUGAGUUUAAUGUAUCAGGCAUGUUUGCGAUGCCCACCCCUGCGUCCAACCACAACAACCACCUGGACUAUGAGAGUGGUACCAUCGAGAGGAAGAGGCCCGGCAGCAUGGUGGGGCCAGAGAAUGAUACAGCGCGCAAAGACAACCCUCCUAAGCACUCGGAGCACACGCUGCGUAGAGCCAGUAACACCAUAGGUAGAAAGCAGCACACGUCCCCUGCCUUCCAGCCCCCCCUGCCCCCUGUGGAGCCUGGGGGACAGGGUCAGGGACAGGGUCAGGGGGAGCAGCCAUCCCCUCCGCACACAGGGGCCCUGGGGCCCGACUCCCAGCAGAGCCUGGCCCAGAGCCUGGCAGCUCUGGCUGCAGCUCAGCAGCUCCUCGCACAGCACACAGAGGAGCUCAGUAACCCCAAGCAGCGCGAGUCCACACUGCAGAGGAACGGCUCUGACAGAGGCUCUGACAGAGGAGGGCAGUUGAACACAGGGACGCCCGGGGCCGGACCCACGGGGCCCAGCCCACACAUGAUACGCAGAGGUACCAAGAAGCAGGCGCCCGCUCCUCCCAAACCCACCAACCCUCCCCCCAGCCAGCCCUGCACCCCCUCAAACUCCAACGCCUCACCUUCAGGCCCCGCCCAGCCCACGAGUCCCGGCAGCCGCCCCCAAUGCAGCCACUCCCCCAUGUCCCCUAGCCCCUCCCCCUCCUCUUCCCAGCCCAAUGCCACCCCGCGACGCCACUCCAACAACCAAACCCCCAUCCAAGCACCCAGCCACCCUCCUCCAGAACCCCCCACGCAGUCUACCAGCCCCACCCUCGCCCCUGUAACCACACCCGAUCAGCCCAGCACUGAGCCCUCACCACCGGGUACCCCUACCCCUCCAGACACCCCUCCACCACCGACCUCCACCCUGGAUGCCUCUGCUCCCUCCACCCUCUCCACCGGCUCCCUUCCUCGCCCGAGACCCGUGCCCAGGCCCAGGAACCGACCCACUGUGCCCCCGCCUCCCCAGCCCCAGAGCACAUCAGGAGUACCCACAGAUACCAACGGGAUCUGCGCUGCCGCCUACAAAGUGAUGGAUUAAAGAGGCUCUAGUCUCAGACCCUGCACUGUCCUUCAAAGGCUUGAGUCGGGUCUUUGUCCCGGAUUUGGGCGUGGACCCAUCGGCCCCGCCUCCCUCGCUGUCGCUAAGAGACUGUGAACUGGACACCGAGAGCACUGUGCUUUAACCACAACCUACCUGUGUCCUCCUCCUCCACCUGUCAUCCGCCCUUGUACUUUCUUCACACAACUCACCUCUUCCGCUGCUCCUCUCAACUGUUCAGUUUAACCACAAGAUUCUAACUUACGUAUAGUCAAUAAUUUUCACAAACACAUAUCAAAAUAUUACCAACACCAACAUACAUGCAUUUAUAUAUAUAUACUCUAGUUACAGUUAUCACAAUUGAAUCUUUAAAGAGGGGGUAUUAUGCAAAAUUGAUUUAAUUUUUUUAGCUUUUUAUCAUGCUAUAACAUUGUUCCCUCAUCAAAAACACGCCUGAAGAGGUUUUAAAUGUCAUCCAUGCAUCUAAAUCCACGCUCCCACAUGACUAUUCUCCAUAAAUAUACAAAAACAUGAUGUAAAACUGUACACAAUAUAAAAUUUUCCAAACAAGAAAAGGUAAUACGGUUAAAUAUGUUCUGUAUAGAUGUAAAAUACCCCCUCUUUAUCUACGCACUACCAACUGGACAAAAAAUGGCCAAGAAACGGCCCUUGACAAUCACGGCAACAUAAAAAAAAGAAAAACUUGGGACAUUGCGGUUAUUUUUUAAAUGUGUUUCUAUGUUUUUUCGAAGGCCUUAAGAACGAAACUAAUUUUACUUCAUGAUAAAGUGGGACAAUAAGGUGAGCUUGUCAAACCAAAACUUUUCACGUGUCGCUGGUGACUGCAGGUAUCCAGUCGUCUCCAACACUUUUUGUCUUGUAUGUUGAAAAAAAAAAAAUCUCGCUUUCUGUUGUAUUUAUUUAUCAAAGAAAAGACAUUCCCUGUGGCUUGACGUAAUUAAAAAUGCAGUCCUUAAAGGGUCUAUAUUGCACUAUUUUUGACGUUUGUUAUAAUGCUUCCUCAUCAAAAACAUAGCUGGAGUUGUGUUUUGUUUCGUUCACAUAUUUUUUUAACACAAACCCUGCAGAUUUUAGGGAAAACACCUUGUGAUGUCACGUGGCAGUACAGGAAGUGCUCCGCCAUGUAACUUCACUAGAAUCAUUUGGAUGAUUUUCAGUGAAUGAAACAAAACACAACUCCAGGUCUGUUUUUGAUGAAGUUCCAACAUUAUAAUAUGGCUUAAAGCUCACAAGAAUCCAUUUUGUGUAAUAUAGGCCCUUUUAAUUGUAAAUCAUGCCUUAAUAGACUUUACUGUAAGCUCAAAAACAGUGUUGCUUAUGUUUUCAGGGAAGGAGAUUCAUGUGUAUUUAAAAUGGACUUGUGGUGUUCUGAGUUGCAGGGUUAUAUCCAGCCUAAGGAAAGAUAAAAGUCAGUAUUUGGUCAAAGGGCCGUGUUUUGAGUGAAUGUAGUGACGACCUGGAGACUGAUGAUGCACUUAAGCUGGUCCGACUCUGCCACGCUUUUCUUUUACUUAGAUAUUUUUUGGAUGAGUCUUUUGCGCUGAGCUGAGGACAUGUCCGCGAGCCUCAGUAGUGACGUGCAGUAAGACUAUGACAGGUCAAUUGUGUAUUUUCUCUUAGCCUCAGAUACAAUGCAGAGUUCAGGUUCCAGUACAUGUCUUUAUAUGGUACUAAUGAACUGAAAUUGAAGAGAUAUUGAGCAUUAAUUAUAACCCCUAUCCUUAUAUGGUAAUUCCUGUACCUAGCGGCCUUAUUCCCUUCUAAAGAGCGCUUAUUUGUCGAGGCUCUUGAACAAAAAGUCGAAUGCUGCAUUUUGGAGCUCUGUGCUUUGUAUGUAUGCUGUAUGUGAGCGCAAACAUGAAUAAAACAUGUCAUAUGGAUGCUUGGUUAUAUUCAUUUUCCAAAGAAAUAAAGACUAUA